AUGGAAUAUAUUCCAAUUCUUGCGGAACGCGAGCGUAUUGCUGAAGAUAUAUUAACAAAUAAGCAAUUAAUUAUAGAUUAUGAUAGAACUCGAAACGCAAAUAGAGAAGCUUUAAACAACCUGAAAAAAGAAAAGGAUAAAAAAAAAGUGUGGGUAAAUCUUGGUGAAUUUUUUAUAAAAAUGGAUAAGGAUAGUGUGAAAACCUAUAUUGAAAAAGACCAAGAAAGUCUUGAUUCUGGAAUUUCGUCAUUGCGAGAAACCGUUAAAGAGAAAAUGGCUGAAUUGGAAAAAUUGGAAACGGGUGAUGAUAAAAUCUCGAAAGGAUUUAAAUUGCGUGGAAUUUCUUCUGAUGACUUGUACAAUAUUACAAAAUAA